AUGCCACCGCCGCCGCCUCCUCCUCCUCCUCAUCAUCAGCGUUCACCGCCAGGUGCCUCUUCCUCCUACCAUUCUGCUUCGUCACGCAGCUACCCUGUAUCUCCAUCUGCUGCCGCCGCCGCUGGCCAUAUAGCACCUCUGAGACCACCAUCUCGCACCUCCUCAGCCAUGGAUGAUCCAGCACGGGACCGCUGGAGGCAGCCUGGUCCAGCUCCCUCGCCUCGAAACGAUGUCAUGAAUAUGAACUCAUUGCUCGGCCCGCCUGGUUCAGCUGAAGCACCCGAUCCCAGAUACAUGAUGUACGACCGCGAACGAGACAGAGCACGCGGAGAGCGCGAUUGGGAGUGGGAACGCGAACGAGAGCAGCGGGAGAGGGAACGAGAACGAGAACGAGAACGAGAGCGAGAUCGGGCUCAUGCCGGUACCGCUUUUUCCGGAGCACCAUCUUCUCGCACUGCCCCUCCUCCACCUCAUCCCAACGAUCGUCGUUCUCCCAUCAUGCCUUACGGUCACGCUUCCACGAGUCCAUCCUCCCAAUCUGCUCCUCCUCGUCGCAAGUGGAGCGACUCGGACGACGCUGCUUCCGCUUACCACAGGGAACGUGAAUGGGAGCGUGAAAGGGAGUACGAACUCGAACGUGAACGUGAACGCGAAAUGCGAUGGAGGGCUUCGCAAAGACCUGGUGCAGCCCCGGACAAGCCGCCAACCCAGCACAGUCGCGCUCCUAGCGGCGACAUUCGUUAUCCAGUGGGAAAUCCGGCCCCUGGCAUGCCCGGAGAGACUUCUCGCAGUCCUCUCGACCCCUAUCAGUCUUCUCUUCCUCGUCGCAGAAGCCCGGCGCCUGGUCAUCUAGCCCGUGCCGCUCCUGUUGGCGGUCGUGCUCGCGAGCAAAGCGCAGAUAUUCCGCUCGCUGCCAUGCCUCCCGAGAGCUCGCCGCGACACGCGCCUUACCUUGGCGGCCCUUACGACGAUCCAAGGUCUGGUUCAAUGCCACCAAGUCACGCUGGCGGCAUGCUACCACCUGCUGGUCGAUCACCCGAGCGGAUGCGUGCUGCUGUUUCAUACGCACCUUAUGACGGUCCUAUGUCCGAGCGUGAGCUCAUGCAGCGAGACAGGGAGCGCGACCGCGAUCGCGAAAUCAUGGCUGCUGAUCGCUAUGGUCGUCGCAUGCAUGGCGAGCCCAUGAUCAUGGACGACCCUUAUGAUCGACAUGGUCCUAGAGGCCCUCCUUCCGGUCCGCUUGCCCCCCCAUCUUCUAAGUCUGCCAGCGCCAGAGGGUACGACGAGCGUGGGCCGCCUCCUCCCCUUCCAUAUCCUCCUCCUAGCCCGACCCAAAGCCGUGAUGGCGAUCGACGCAAGGAAAGCCUCAAGCCAUCGGGUUCGCAGUCUGGCGCAGGUGGAAUCAUGACACGCGAAUCCCCUGUCCCAGCUCAGUCUCGACCAGGCGCUCAUGGUGGACGAACUGACGAACGUGGCGGCAACGGCCCCAUCCCUCCUCACUAUGACUCUGAACGUCAUCCGCGAUCGGGUCCUCCGCCUCCCAUGGGUCCUGUCCGCGAAUCAUCCGUCAAACUCGAAUCCGGCCCACGACGAGCGCCUCCAUCGCCCACAAGCGACCGUGCUGCCCCCUAUCGCGACAUUCCGCCACACCGCGUCCCUUCUGUCCCACCAUACGGCGGUCCUCCCUCUGACCGAGACAUUCGUGAUCGCGACCGCGAAAUGGCUCUGCAACGAGAACGCGAGUUCGAGGUCGAAAAUGAGCGUCAGCGUCUCCGCCUAAUGGAAAGAGAGCAGAGGGAACGCGAAAUGGAGCUAGAACGAGAACGCGAGCGCGAGAUUGAACGCGAACGCGAACGCCUGCGCAUCGAAGAGCUCGAGCGCGAGCGUCAGAAGGAACGAGAGAGGGAGCUGGAACGCGAGCGAGAACGCGAACGUGAACGUGAAAAGGAACGCGAAAAGGAAAAGGAGCGUGAACGUAGAGAACGUCGCCGAGAGAAGCAGCAAGCCGAAAAGAUGGCAGCCAUCGAGCGCGAAAAGGAGCGCGAGUUCCAAGUGCAGGCACAGGUUCAAGCCCAAGCGCAAGCCCAUGCCGCCGCUGCCGCUGCUGCUGCUGCUGGCAUGCAUCCAGGUGCGCUAGGCGAGCUGCCUCCCCAUAUUCGCCCUCCACCGGCCAGUCUCGAGGAAGUCCUGAUCGCUACCGCACAGCAACAGGCCGCUGCAUACGGCCGACCACCCAACAUGGCUGACUUCCACGCUGCCGCUGCUGCCAUCGGCUAUCCACCGGGCAUGCCGCUCCCUCCUGCCAUCCAUCCCGCCAUGUUCGGCGGAGGCUACGGCCCGGCAUCUGAGGCGCUUGUGCAACAACAGCCUCAUGUCAUCCGCGAUCCCAAUGCCGGUCCACGCGUAGACAGCGAGCCUGUUUGGCUCUACCUCGAGCUUUGCGAACGCGACGAAUCGAUUCGCCGAGCUGAGCGACUGCCUCUCGACAUGCUAGUCGAAGAGCAAAAGUUAGAAAUCGCUGCUGAAUUAGCCGGUACGCCUCCCAAUGCUGAGCAGCAAGCUCCGUUGGCGGCCUUGGAUGAUGCAGCGAAUCCCACUGCUCCUGCCAUCCCGGCAACAGAGGUCGAGUCGAGUGCUGCUCCACAGGUCGAAACCGAGGAUCAAGCAGCUGGAGGAUCAGAAGCCGUUGCUGAGAAAGCUUCAAUUUUGCCCGUCAUUGAAGCGCCUCUUGAUCCACUGCCGCGCCACCUUAUUGGUAUGGACAAAGGUCGUCCCGUGCGACACUUGGGUUCGUGGAUCUACGAUACCACUGUCGAUCCCCUCUUUCCUGCCGAGCUACUUGCUCGCAACGUUGGAUCAACGUUGGAGGUGCGCAUCCCGGGCGAUCUGCUCAGCUGCGGCGGCGGCGGCGGCGGCCCGCACUGGGAAGAGUAUCGACGCCUCGAGUCGGAGUGUCUUGCUCGCUGCCAAGUCGGGGAUCCACUCAAGGAUCUUCUUGAAGGCGAACGUGGCCGUGUUGCCCUCAAUGGUGCAAGCAACAGUUGGAAGCUUGGCUGGCGCGGCAAGGAGCACGCACGUAUGAGCCUCGAGAUGCGCAUCGAGGAGCGCGUCGCCGAAGCUCAGCUCUUUGGUCACAAGCUCCCUGAACACCCGGAUAAAUUCAACGAAAGAGCUGAUGUUGCUCCAUCGGACAACGCGAAACAAGACAGUAGUGCGACUGCACAUGACGAAGAACAAAAAAGCGGGGCCAAGACCAAGCAGGGUGGGCCCGACAAGUCGGACGCCGCCCAGACCGAAAGCAAUACGGCUGCCAAGGCCAAUCAUGCGAGCGGCAAGGUGUCUCCGUGGCGCUUCUGGCGACUCAACCCUCUGCUGCGUCGCAAGCUGUGGGGUACCGAUGUGUACACCGAUGACUCUGAUGUGCUGGCCAUGUGCGUCCAUGCAGGGUGGGUCGAAGGUCCUUCUCUGGAGGCCGAAGGAAUUCCAGCCUGGGUUCCUCCUGGUCGAGCUGCCCGCGCGUGGAACGGCCUCACCGCAGCUGCGAGUGACGAGCAUGUAUCUAAGCUCUCUGCUGCUGAAGAAGCAGCGGAUGUCGAAAUGUCCGACGCACCCUCACUCUGCAAGCCGACUCGCGUCGCCGUUCGACCAGAGAUCUCGUGCGAUCUGUCGGUCAUUCUUCGCAUCGCUCCCAAGCUAAUUGCCUACAAGGGAUGCCAGCGCGGAGGCAUCAAGUCGCGUUCAUGGGGCAACUCGCACGAUGGUGUCUCGCUUGUUGUUGAAUCAGUCGAACUCAAACAGCCAGGCUACGCGCAGUCGAAAGGACGCAAAUCGGCCAAGGCACGUAUCGACCAACUAGCAGUCUACCGCAACGUCAUGGACAACGGCAGCGCAGCCAAGUCAACAUUGUCCCUCUCCUUGCCAUCGCCUGUUAGCGCGGAUCACGCCCAAGCCAGGCGCUAUUUGCAUCUCAAGACGAUCAUGCAAGAUACACAGCUCAUUCCGCUGUCGUUGGUUGUUGGUGAUGUGAACAAGUCGAGCCAAGCAGCCGACACGGAGAGCAGCGAGGUCAGGAAACAACGGUUGUUUUGGGAGAUUCAGUAG